AAACUCAUUCCUUCUCCAUCGAAAAUGAACAGCAAAUUAAUUGUGAUAUCCGCACUUUUGUGCAUUGUUGCCGCCGAUGUGAGUGAGGUUCUCCGUCGGCCAAGCGGCCGUCUUGCACUGAAGUCAUCUCACCUACGUGCCGCUGCCAACAAACACAAGCUGAAGGCCCGUGAAAUCGAUGGCGAGACUGAGGCCCAACUGUUCGAUACCGUUUUCAUCGAGGAUCCCGUUGACCUGGAACUGGAACCUUUGGCCCUGGCUGUGGUAGAAGCGGACGCUCCGGCUAGCUUCCAGCUUCACGAAUCGCACCCCGAUUUCCAGGGACCAUAUCACUACGUGAAGCCAACGGUCGAAAAUGAUUAUCUGGUGCCGAAGCCCGAUGGAGACUACCUACCACCACAUGGACAGCGGGAUUUCGACGAUAGUGUGGCCAAGCGAAGCAUCAAGCUGCGAUUGCGCGCCCGGCAUUGAACUGGAUUGUGAUGUUUGGUACCGAACUUGAUGUAAUCGUGAUGGAAUAUAUAAUUGAGUUAAAUCCAACAUAA